UUAUUUUAAGAAAUAGCUUACUGCAGCUCUGAUGUUUUGCUAACUGAAUGAGCUAACAUGAGUGAGGUUGCUGAGGAUACUACACCUGCGGGAUAGUGUGAGUGUCAAGGGCCCUCCUUAUCUACACACUGCGUUCAAACAAGCCUGAAGAGCCACAGGGGGGUCAUCAAAGGAUCCCGGCCUGUUCCUCUGCAGUCCCACGCCGUUCUCCCAGAUGGCAAUUAACUGCGCCUAAAGCACACAUACAAAACACAGGAACAAAGGAAGCCAAACAUGGAUUUAACCUUGUUCAAUAUAAAGAGUACUCCUCUUUCCAUGAUUAUGUGUUUAUUUUAAGAUUAGGUCUCCCUCAGAUGUGUGACGUUUGCAGUCGUUUGGUUUGGAGAGCAUCAGCUGCACUGCUCAGGCCUAAUUGAAGAAAGUCUCCCUGAAGGCCAACAGCUUCCAUGAAGCCAUCGGAAAGGAAGUGGGGUGAUAACAGAGUGUUUGCCGGCACUCAUCUCAGAUGUAGUCAAGCUGAGAUGUGAGACUGUCAACACAAUGCUGAGGAUGAGAAGAAAUUAUGGCAUCCUGAAUGAGACUGAGAUGAUCAGGCUGACGCUGUGCCCAAGAACCCAGUUCCAGAUGUGCUAAAACUUUAACUAGUUGUGGUUGGAGGAGCAUGAAUCGGUGGCGGAGGUCAGUGGGAGAGAUCCAGGCCAGGAAGAGGCUUGUGAGCGAGUGUGAGCAGGCGCAGGCCGCCUUCAUCAAACUCACUGCCUGCUUUCAGCAAAUGGCCACCUGCUUAGGGAGUAACACAGACGGCAGCCUUCUGAGAGACGAGCUGGAGGAAACCAGGGGACAGGCGCAUAAAAUAUGUACAGGGCUGCACCGGAGGCUGCUGCAGCUGCUGGUUGAGACAGAACAAGGCCAGGAUGACCGCGAGCAGGUCGAGCGCCUCUGGGUGCUGCUUCUGUGCGCCUUGGAGAACUUCCAGCAGGAGCUCAAGAGGGUCAGUGCACUCCAGGAGCUCUUUCCCAUCGCUCUUCAGAAAGACAGACAGGCCCUGGUUAACACGGGUGCCUCUGCAGGAGGCACUGAGGUGGCAGGUCGUGCUGCCACGGUGCAGAGCCCCUGGGUGGUGACGGAGUGCAAGGAAAAACCUGACCUGAAGGGCCACGUGUUGGAGAUUGAGACCCUGCUCCAGGAAAUGCUGCAGAGGGUAAACGUGCCACUGUGGUCAGUGCAACCAGUGCAGAAAGCCUGGGCUGAGGGAACACAGGAAGAGGAUGAUGACACCUUGGAGGAGAUGAUGGAGGUGGAAGUGGUGUCACAGGAUGGAAAGUCAGGCUGCUGCAGUCAUUCCAACUGUAGAAUAGGAUGCAUAUUCUGUUUGCUCAACUAGAGCCAUUUUGGACCAUGUAGCUAGUGAGAAAUCAGUCUUCAAUCCCUAAUUAAUUUGGCCUGCCUUGGUUUUUGCAACAAAAUCAAGAUUAAUCAUGAUCCAUCUGGAAACCACCAAGCUCUCAUCUAUUUCAUAAUGCACAGUAGCAUAGGUGAAUUUUCAAACAGACAAUACUGCCCCCUAUCAGCAAGUGCUACUAAACAAAAAUAUGACUGUAUAAAAUGGAACUGCAAGACACACCAAAGAUCACAUUAUGCUAAAGAGGGGGGAAAAAAUACAGAUAUCAUGGUGGAAAAAACUGUAAUGCACUGAAUUUCUUCUAACCAUUCUUCCCAACUUGUUUUAAACAAAUAUCUAAAACAUUUUGUAGCCAGGGACCCCUUUAACUAUAAAAAAAAAAAAAAACUUCCACAGACCCCCCAUAGUACACAUUUAUUUCAUGAAUAUUAUUUAAAUUUGCACAAUAAUAUUUUGUCUAUUAGGGAUCUCUAUUCCUGAAUUUUCCACCAACAGAAUAUAUUAGGUGCAAGUUAACAUUUAUUUAUUGGCUUGCUUGUUUUUGGGUUCUUGAGGUUUGGAUUAAACCCAUUCAACUCAAUAAUAAAUACAAUGACUAUACUAAUGGUGGGCUGUGAUUUUCAUCAUGUUAACCUGAAAAUAAAUAAAUAAAAACCACAACCCCCUUGGCCAUGCUUCCAUUUUGAGAACU